AUGGAUCCUAUCCGAUUCAAUGAACUUGUUGGUGCUGAUAAUUACGUUUACGAUGAUAACAGCACGAUCGAUAAUGAUAGUAGCGUUGCUGCUGACAGCGUUUUAUCUCCAAGAAGUGUUGGCGAAGAGAGCAUUAGUUAUGAGUUGGAAGAUGAUAAUUUAAGUUCAGAAAUAUUCUCUCUCGACAAAGAAGGUUUGGCAAUAGCAAAGGCGUAUGCUGAAAAUAUCGAAAAUAACGAUAUGGCUUUUGAUGACGAUAACCUGGAUAACAUUAGUAUCUCUUCAAUCUAUUCUACCGAGGCAUCAUUUAUAACAGAAAUUUCCGACGCUGAUAGCAUUUUGUUAGCGCCUGAUUGCCGCGCUGAAGAUAUGUUGACUGCUUGCGUCCUUAUGGAUAUAGUAAAUGGUGAGCUUAGAACAUGCGGCAACAUCGGGAAAAACCAGCGACCUUUAGCACAAUUGCUAGGUACCUGGGAAAUAGAUAAAACAGUGUUUCAAAAAUCCCGUAUGGAAGGAACGGUCCUCGGCGUAUGUUCAUCUCAUUAUGCCCAUGAUGCUGCGAAACUUCAUAAUACGAGUAAGAGAGACAGGCCUAUAGAGAAAAGUUGGGUACAUGUAAACCGCUGCUUUUUUUGCAGCAAGUACAAAUCAUUCUUCAGCAGGGGUCACAAUUGUGUUGAACAUGCCAUCCGUGUUACUAAUAAGACGAUACAAGCUCCUUGUUCAGGCUUUAAAGUGUGUCCAGCGUUUAAGAUGGAAGGAAUGCCCAAAUCAUUUUUCGAUAAUGAUGCGUCAACUAACACUAAUGAUCGACGCACGCGGUUUAUUUGCAGCCAUUGUUUUAUGCAAAAUGGUGGACACUUAUACGAACGUCUCGGCUCUGGGCACAGUUUUUCAUGUUCCGAUAAGCAUAGUAACGAUGUCUCUAAUACACUUCAGAUUUUCGGACAGUGGAUAAUGAACACUGCUAAAUCAAACGAUAUUGAUAACAAAAAAAAGCUUUUGACAUGGCUGUCGUCUUCGCUAGCGACAUUUACUGAAGAAAAAGAACACGUUACUCCAUCAAUAAGUCCCAUUAUAUUAAAGGUUUUUUUAAAACUGAAUUCCUUAGAUGCCAAUAAACUUGAGGAUACUAGACUGACAUCGGAAGUUGCAUCAGCAGCUGGCGAGAAUUUAGGCAAUGAGUUAUGGAAAUCUAGAGAAUGGGUAAAGCAGAAUAAAAAAGGGCUUGAAUCACCGUCCUCGAUAGUUGAAUAUGAAGCAAGUUUUCCACCGGCUUUGUUAAGCUUUUUUACAUCACUCAUUGCAGCCGUAUUAAAAAAGAAAAACCAUAUAAAUAAUCUACGCCGAACGAACAGAGGUUUAGAGGAGCUUCCAUAUAACGAUAUAAAAACAAAAAAAAUUGCUAUAUUUUUGUUAUCGAUGCUUUUAAACAUCGCGUUUCCAUCUACGAACAUAUGGAUGACACGAGUAUUAGGAAGUCUGUGUACCAAACCCAAAUUAAUUUCCACACUGUACGCGAUACUAUGGAUGGCUCACGUCAUUUCUCACAGCUUACAUCAUGAAAAGGCGUUAGAACGGCAGAGAGUUAGGGACACGAAACCAGAGAAUAGAAUUAUAAAAAAAGAAACGAUGUGGAAUGUUUGCGUUGUGGAUAACAUUGAUUUUGUGGAAAAAACUUUUGCAUAUGGAAAUAUUUUUGAUGCUGCUAGACGUAGCAUUCAUGCUACAGUUAGAAUGGUGUUUCAGUUCGACUUGGGAGAAUCAAUACAAACAAUCGGAAGUGAUAAUAAUGAUAACCGAAAAACAAUUCUGUUCGGGGAGACAGACUACGCCAAAGACUUACUGCUCACAUAUGCAAACAGUGCUGAAUUAAAACCUGAAGGGUAUAAAAGACUUUUUGAUUGUUAUGAAAUUGGAAUUGCACGCAUGAACGCAAUUUUACGGCAAGACGUGUAUAAAACGGAACCUCGAAUUGUGAAAGGCCGACGAGCGAAGGAUGUAACAGUUCACAAGUGGACAAUGCAGAAAGAAAAAAGUCUUGUUCGAAGAUCUUCAAAAAAGCAGAAAAGAGAUACAACUGGAAGUAUAUCGAAAACAGGCGAUGAUAUCGAUAUGAUGAGCUAA